AUGAUAUCCUUAAGGGGAAUAAUUAGGUUUUUUCAGGUACAUGUUGUUGGAAGAUUUCAAUUAACACAAGGAGAAACAUUGAGAGAGCUAACAACAUUAACGUUCAAGAUCUUAACUUUAUGUCUCUGUUUUUUCCUUCACUCACUCUUUUCAACGGUUAGGAGUCUAAUACUUUUUGUAUCCGAGUGUUCAAUUAUUCGAAGGAUUCAAAUUUACAAAAAGAAUUUUUGGAGUCAGGUCCCAAUAAUUGGGAAGUCUGCACUUAGGUGUUUGAAUUACAUAGAUUCUUUCAUUAAUGUUAAAGUUGUGCUUUUGUUAGAAAAAAUUAUAAGUUCCAUUGAGAUAUAUUCACAAUUACACGUCAUAGAAAUACUAUUUAAAAGUAAUUCAAAUAUCCAAGUAUUCUUCACAGAAGAUUCUGAAAGAAUCGAUCUACAUGAUGAAGAUGACCAACAAACAACAUUAGUAAUAUCCAACCACAGAUCGGUAAAUGAUUAUCUUUUAAUAAAUUACUUACUACAAGACACCUUACUUAUAAAAUAUACUAGGAAAAGAGAAGUUCUAAACAGUUUUUGGAAUAAUAAUAAGAGGAUGAUUCCUCAAAUAAAUUUUGUCUCUUGGGGAAAAAUUUACAACUUCCCAAGACUAUCUUUAAUGAAGAACAUUGCACUCAAAGAUGAAAACACAUACUGUAGGGAAGAAGAAUUGGAGGAAGCUAUCGAAAAAAAUGGAAACCAAACCUUUGUGUUGUUUCCAGAAGUAAAUAUACUCACUACAGAGUUAGGAAUGGUUCAAAGGAAACUCAAUCAAGAUUAUAUUUUUGUCACAAAAUUUUAUAAUGUAUUAUAUCCACGGUUCAAGAAUUUUAUCAGCACAAUUAAUUGUUUUGCCAAUAAAAUGAAUAUUAAAAAGAUGAAGCACCAUAUGGUCAUAAAUGAAGCUAAACAGUUUUUAAAUGAAAGGUUUGAGAAGAUAGUCAAUGUUUCAUACGAGAGCAUCAGAGAAAAAGAUGCUGCCCAAGUUUCAAUGUUCUUAGGUGGUAACCAAAGGCAAUCACAAUCCCAAAAUAAAAAGAAAAAAACAUCCUUCAAAUUAAAUCCAAACAUUUACGACUUGACGAUAGUGUAUUAUAAACCUAACUAUACAAAUAUUGGUCACGAUCACGUCAAUGGUAAUUUAAAUCUCCACGAGGGUUACCAAUUAGAACAAAUUGUCCCUUCCUUUUUGGAUUUUCUUAGAACAUCCAUUAAAAGUGUCAAUGAAGAAAACAAUGAGCCCAUAAUCAUCAUGAUCAACAUAUCCAAAAUCAAAAUAGCUCCUUUAUUGCCCAUGACAGAGAAAAAGCUAGAAAAAUGGUUGGAAAACCGGUGGGGAAAAAAAGAUAAACUUAUCAAUAAAUUUGAGACCAAUAUCAAAAUGAAGUAA